UCCGGUCGAACCAAAGGCGACUUUGUCCUGGGUACUUCUCUCUUACACAUGCAGCACCAACGGCCAUAUUCCGUCACGACAACCCUAUAUUAUGGUCACAACCAACAAUGCCUUUCCUUUGACGGAAAUUGACCGCCAGAUUCUUGCCAUGACCGAUGAGGAAUUCUCCUUGGUUACGUGGGAACAGCUCAAGGACAUCAUUGCUGCCAAUCGUCUCGAACAAUUGAAGCGUCGUCCCUCGGACCUGCGUCGCUACAUCAAAUGGUCUGCAGAUACGAAAGCAGAGUAUAAUACCAUCACCAACUUUGUUGUUCAGGAACGUCUACACUGGACUCCGUUGCCGUCUUUGACUGUCGGUGACCCGCCUAAGUUUGAGAUUCGUGACCCUGUUCCCUUCAGUAACCAGGAUGACUUUAAGAUACUCAAGAACGAUUGGCCAUAUGGGCUGGACAAGGGCAUCGUCCACAUCUGCGUCUGGGUGAAGACUCCGAUCGAGACUGACCCAGGCACCGGUGAUGUCACAGACCACUCUAGGUCCUUGAUUGAGAACUUUGUCAAUACCACCUUCGCAACCAAACUAGACACUGUCUUUGGUCCUGGCAAAGGCAAGGAACACGUUCUCUGGUUCAAGAACUGGGUCGCGUUGCAGAGCGUACGUGGUGUUGAUCAUGUACACGUCUUAGUUCACGACGCCCCUGAAGACAUGCUACAACAGUGGAUCAAAUAGUCGCACAUUCAGGUCGGACAAUGCUUUCUUUGUACAGUCACACUCCUCUCACGCAUAUCACGAUACCCAUAAAUCUAGAGCACAAAUAGACACGGUAGAUGCAGCGUUUUGUUUGGCCUUGACUCCACACAUACACACACAUCUGCAGAGCCUGGUGGAUACCGGUCUGUAA